UAAAAGGCCAUUAUUAGGCCAUACUUUUGUCUUUCCUCACUUAAGCAAAAUCAAAAUUCAAUGAUAACUUCCCCUGUCUUUUCUUUUUCCACAAGGAAUAUGGAUAGUCACGGUGAAAUGGGUCUACUCGGGGAGAAUUUUGAUCUGGGAAUUAUUGGAAGGAUGAGGGAUGAUGGGUAUGAGAGCAGGUCCGGCAGUGACAAUUUAGAAGGCGCAUCCGGCGAUGAUCAAGACGCCGGCGACGACCAACCGCGGAAGAAGAAGAAGUACCACAGACACACUCCUAAUCAAAUCCAAGAACUUGAAGCUUUUUUUAAGGAGUGUCCACAUCCUGAUGAAAAGCAAAGAUUAGAACUUAGCAAGAGGCUUGGCUUGGAGACAAAGCAAGUGAAAUUUUGGUUCCAAAAUAGACGAACUCAAAUGAAGACACAACUUGAACGCCAUGAGAAUAUAAUUCUUAGACAAGAGAAUGAUAAGCUCCAAGCUGAGAACAACAUGAUGAAGGAUGCCAUGGCAACUCCAAUGUGCAACCAAUGUGGUGGCCCCGCAAUUCCCGGUCAGAUAUCUUUCGAGGAGCACCAGCUCAGGAUUGAGAAUGCUAGACUGAAGGACGAAUUGAAUCGGAUAUGUGCCUUGGCAAACAAGUUCUUGGGACGGCCUCUUUCGUCCUUGGCCACUCCGAUUCCCCUUCCGAGCUCAACCUCCAGUUUGGAACUUGCCGUUGGAAGAAAUGGGAUGGGAGGUUUGAACGUUGUUGGUGCUCCACUGCCAAUGGGACUUGAAUUGGGAGAUGGGAUUUCCAGCGCUGGGCCUAUGAUUCCAAUGAUGAAACAUACAAUGGGAAUGAAUGUGAUGGGAACUGAAAUCCCUUUCGAGAGAUCGAUGUUGAUAGAUCUUGCAUUGGCAGCCAUGGAUGAGUUUAUUAAGAUGGCUCAGGCUAAUGGUCCGCUGUGGAUCAAGAGCACAAAUGGAGGUAAAGAAACGUUGAAUUAUGAGGAGUAUAUGAGGACAUUUCCUUCUUGUAUUGGUCCAAAACCUAGUAAUUAUGUUUCUGAGGCAACUAGGGAUUCCUCUGUGGUCAUCAUCAACAGUUUAGCUCUCGUAGAGACACUGAUGGAUGCGAAUCGAUGGACGGAAAUGUUUCCUUGUUUAGUAGCUAGAGCCUCCACCAUUGAAAUGAUUUCCACAGGGAUAGGUGGAACAAGGAAUGGCGCACUCCAAGUGAUUAAUGCCGAGCUUCAAGUACUUUCACCAUUGGUCCCUCUUCGUCCGCUAAAGUUUCUUCGAUUCUGUAAGCAACAUGCGGAUGGUGUCUGGGCAGUGGUCGACGUUUCCGUCGACAUCAACCGAGAUGCUACUAAUGCAAACUCGUAUUUCCACUGUAGGAGGCUUCCUUCUGGGUGUCUUGUGCAAGAUAUGCCUGAUGGCUAUUCCAAGGUUACUUGGAUUGAGCAUUCGGAAUACGAUGAUAGCGGUGUUCAUCAAAUGUUCCGCUCAUAUCUCAUUUGUGGAAUGGGCUUUGGUGCGCAGAGGUGGCUUGCCACCCUCCAAAGGCAAUGCGAGUGCUUGGCGAUCCUCACGUCGCCUUCCAUUUCUAAUGAAAAUCAACUAGCCAUGAGCCCCAGCGGUAAGAGAAGCAUGCUAAAGCUGGCACAGCGUAUGGUGGAUAACUUCUGUGCUGGGGUUACUGCCUCCACCGUGCGCAAGUGGGACAAGCUCUGUGUCGGUACUGUUGGCGAAGAUGUGAGGGUGAUGACCCGGAAAAGCAUGGAUGACCCUGGCGAGCCACCUGGUAUCAUUUUGAGUGCUGCAACUUCUGUUUGGAUUCCAGUGUCGCAAAAGAGGCUAUUUGAAUUCUUGCGCGAUGAACGGUUCAGGAGCGACUGGGAUAUUCUGUCGAAUGGCGGACCAAUGCAAGAGAUGGUCCAUAUCACCAAGUGCCAAAGACAUGGCAACCAUGUUUCUCUCCUUCGCGCCAGUACCAUUGGAACAAACGACAGCAGCAUGCUCAUACUGCAAGAAACGUGGAACGACGCCUCGGGCUCAAUGGUAGUGUACGCCCCAGUUGACCGCGCAUCGAUAAAUGUUGUAAUGCAUGGCGGGGACUCAGCUUACGUGGCCCUCCUACCGUCGGGAUUCGCCAUUCUUCCCGAUGGCUCGUCACAGCCGAAUUAUUGCAGUGGACCUUCCGUGAAAGGAGAAGCCAGCAAUGGUGAAGGCGGCGGUGGCGGGUGCCUCCUCUCUGUCGGGUUCCAAAUUCUUGUCAACAGUCUUCCAACUGCAAAGCUCACCGUGGAGUCAGUUGAGACCGUUAACAACCUCAUCUCCUGCACAAUCCAGAAGAUCAAAGCAGCUCUUAACGUAUAGUCGGCAUAGGUGGUGCUUAAACUGUGUUUUGUUUAGCUUAUUUUGUUAACUUCGUCAUCUCUUUUGUUUUUUGAGAAACUCAAAAUAUAAGAAGAUUAAGAAAAGAAAAUGGUAUAGGCUGUGUUUAGGAGGAGCUUGAGAUGAAAGUCGCACAAUAGGGGUUUCGAGUCAAGAACGAACCGCAUGUGGGGAGAAGUGAUUUUUUGUUUUGUGUCGUUUGCUUAGGAAUAUGGUUUUUGUCUGGUUUGCCUUUUGAAAGUACAACAAAGUACAAGUACGACAGCUCAUAUAAUGGUGGUUCGGGUAUUGACUCGGUUGACCCGCGCGGUAAUCUCGGCUCUUUUUUAUUUAUAUCAAUGUGAUGGACAUCAUUGGUGGA